GCUGGCCUGGGUGCAACUUGCAUGCAGGAGUGAGAGUGAGUGUGUGUCUGUCUGUCUGCCUGCCUGCAGAGUGUGUGUGUGAGUGUCUGCCUGCAGAGAGUGUGUGUCUGUCUGCCUGCCUGCAGAGAGUGGAUGUCGAGGGGAGGGGGGUUCCUGCUCAGGCAACAGACACACUGGAUAACCCAACAACUGAAAUGUUUUGGUGCCUGAUCAACAAAGAGAAGGACUACUGCUGUAACAACCUCACCCUCACGGUGCUGCUGUAAUGGACACAGGCAGCUGCUGAGCGCUGGUUGCUCCAGACUGUCCAGAUAUACCUGCCGGUCAGGAUUUAUGAAGAUGGCAAACCCUAUCCAGUGGGCACGUUACAGAUGGCAGAGGCUGUUGUCUACAGAUAGGAAUAAUAGUUACAACUCAUCAUUCCCUGGAUGGUUCAAAAAUUCCCGUUCACAGAAAAUUGGGCACAAAAAUCGAACAGUAAUUCCCUGCCUUGGAAGAUUCACUGAAGAAUAUGAAAAGGUCAUCAAAAAUUACAAGACCAACAGGAUUCAAACAACCAAGUAUACUUUGCUGAACUUUAUUCCAAUGAAUUUGUUUGAGCAGUUUCACAGGGCUGCAAACCUUUACUUCCUGUUUCUAGCGAUUCUGAAUUGGGUGCCAUCAGUGGAAGCAUUUCAAAAGGAGAUAACAAUGUUGCCAUUGGUUGUGGUUCUUGUAAUUAUUGCAAUUAAAGACGGGCUUGAAGACUACCGGCGCUACAAAUUUGAUAAACAAAUAAAUAACAGAAGGACUAAAGUAUACGACAAGCAAGCAAAAAAGUAUCGUACAAAAUGGUGGAAGGAUGUUCGCGUUGGGGAUUUUGUCCGCUUAUUUUGCAAUGAGAUCAUCCCUGCAGAUAUGGUGUUGCUGUACUCCACUGAUGUUGAUGGGAUCUGCCAUAUUGAAACAUCCAACCUGGAUGGAGAGACUAACUUAAAGCAGAGACAGGUGGUGAAGGGAUUCACAGAGCUGGACUCUGAAGCUGACCCUGAGAAAUUCACCUGCAGAAUUGAAUGCGAAGGUCCAAACAAUGAUCUAAGCAAGUUCAAAGGCUAUAUGGAGCACUGGAAUAAAGAGCGGGCUGCUCUUAGUAAAGAAAACCUUUUGCUUCGAGGUUGUAUGAUUAGGAAUACUGAGGCCGUUACAGGAAUUGUAGUUUAUGCAGGACAUGAAACAAAAGCAAUGAUGAAUAACCGUGGCCCACGGUACAAGCACAGCAAACUAGAAAGGCAGCUUAAUAGAGAUGUUCUUUGGUGUGUGGCUCUACUGUUGGUGAUGUGUCUCAUCGGAGCAUUCGGUCAUGGGAUUUGGUUAAAUGGCUUUUCGAAAAUCCCUAUUUUUGGCAUUCAAGAGCCAAAUGGAACUCGUAGUCAUCCAGUGCUUGCAGGAUUCUUAAUUUUCUGGACCAUGAUUAUUUUACUGCAGGUGCUGAUACCAAUUUCCUUGUACGUGUCAAUUGAAAUUGUCAAACUGGGCCAAAUACUUAUCCUCCAGAGUGAUAUUGAUUUGUACAAUGAAAGCACAGAUUCGGCCAUCCAAUGCCGAGCCUUAAAUAUCACUGAAGAUCUGGGGCAGAUCGAAUACAUUUUCUCAGAUAAGACUGGAACACUAACUGAGAAUAAAAUGAUCUUCUGCAGGUGCAACAUUGCUGGAGUUGAGUAUUCCCAUGAGGACAAUGCAAAGCGAUUGGAGUUGUAUCAAGACGAUAACUCCGAGGUUGUAAUCAACCCUUUUAUGGGAGCUACCUCCAAGUAUCAACAUUCGGACAGCAGCAGAACUCCCAGUACACCGCCGAGUCGCAACUCACUGAAUUGCUUACCCUCUAAUAGCUCGAUGUUGAGGGAUAAAGAUGAUGAUGAAUAUGAAAUUACUGCAACUGCUUCUCAUGUGGCAUUCAGCAGCUCAAUUGAAAGGGAUGUUACACCAGAUUCUCUGCUGUUCCGGAAAUUAGGACAAAUCAUGUCUAACCCACUUCUCCUGUUGGAAGAGACAGGGAAAGAGUUCUCCCCGGAAUUCAGCUACAUUGUUGACUUCUUUUUUGCCUUGACCAUCUGUAAUACCGUUGUUGUGUCAUGUCUUGCUCAGCCAGGACAGCGGGUAAAAAUACCUGCAAUCUCCAACAUUCCGAUUAAGUCCCUGGAGGAUAUAAAGCAAAUGUUUCAAAGAUUCUCCGUGCCUCGCAUGAGUUCACCUUCUCUGUCACUGCUAAAGGAUUCUUUUAUUGAUAAUUCAAGUACUUUUGCUGGCAGAUUAUUAAAUCGCGUGAAGCCGGCUUCACCCAGCGCACUCAAGGAACAAAAUGUAGCUGCUGCUGGAUCAGCCAAGAAUCGCAAAAGCAUUACCGGUAAUCAAAUUUCAGGUGGAAAAGACUCCAACGAUAUUCCGGAAGAGGAUGAUAAAACUGCAGGCAGUUUUAUGAAUCCAGGCACAUCUACAGAGCAAUGCAAUAAUUUAAAAUUGCGCUAUGAGGCAGAGAGCCCAGAUGAAGCUGCGCUGGUACAUGCAGCUCGAGCCUACAAUUGCACUUUAAUAUCCAGGACUUCUGAUCAAGUCACUGUGGAACUUGACCACAUAGGACGAUUACAGUUUCAACUCUUGCACACCUUACCAUUUGACGCCAUUAGAAAGAGGAUGUCUGUGGUAGUGCGACAUCCGUUGACAAAUAAAGUAGUUGUUUAUACAAAGGGUGCUGAUUCGGGCAUGAUGGAUCUUUUGAACAUUUCAGGUGACAGGCAACAGAAACGUAUUAGGGAGAAGACACAGAACUACUUAGAUGGAUAUGCCAAAGAGGGUCUCCGUACUCUUUGUAUUGCUAAGAAGGUGAUGAGUGAUGCUGAUUACGCAGAAUGGUUAAAAUUCCACCUCAUAGCAGAGACAAGUAUUGACAACCAAGAGGAGCUCCUACUUGAAUCAGCUCUUAAACUUGAAACUAACUUGACACUGUUAGGUUCUACGGGCAUUGUAGAUCGCUUACAAGAAGGUGUCCCUGACACAAUAUUGGCACUUCGAAGGGCAUGCAUAAAGACAUGGGUCCUUACUGGAGACAAACAGGAAACUGCUGUGAACAUUGCUUAUGCCUGUAAACUCCUGGAAGAAAAAGACACUAUUUUCACUCUUAAUGCACAAAACAAGGAAGCAUGUGAAGACUUGAUUAAUAAGCUUAUUGCAGAAAUCACAGAGAAAACCACUGAUGAAAAAAACACUCCCGGUGUUGGCUCUUCUCCAUCCUCUUCUUCUGAUGGGGAGCUUCACAUUGCUCUGGUAAUUGAUGGAAAGACUUUAGAAUUUGCAUUGCAUGAGAGUCUGCAAGAUACAUUUCUGGAACUUAGUAAAAGAUGCCGUGCUGUUAUAUGCUGCAGAUCGACACCAUUGCAGAAGAGCAAGGUGGUUCAUCUAGUGCGGGAGAAGUUGAAAGUCAUGACUCUAGCAAUUGGUGAUGGUGCCAAUGAUGUUAGUAUGAUUCAAAUGGCUGAUGUUGGAAUAGGAAUAUCAGGUCAGGAAGGAAUGCAGGCAGUAAUGUCCAGUGAUUUUGCAAUUUCGCGAUUUAAGCAUUUAAAGAAGUUGUUGCUUGUCCACGGUCACUGGUGCUACAUCCGACUUGCAAAUAUGAUCCUUUACUUCUUCUAUAAGAAUGUGGCUUAUGUCAAUCUACUAUUCUGGUACCAAAUUUUCUGUGGAUUCUCUGGUGCACCUAUGAUUGAUUAUUGGAUACUCAUCUUCUUCAAUCUCCUUUUCACAUCUGUUCCACCGAUUGUCUAUGGCAUCCUGGAUAAAGAUGUGUCUGCAGAAACACUGCUCCAACUGCCAGAACUUUACACAAGUGGCCAACGUUCUGAGGCCUACUUACCAUCAAUAUUUUGGAUCUCCACUCUGGAUGCUUUUUAUCAAAGUCUCGUUUGCUUCUUUAUUCCAUAUUUUGUUUACUUUGACUCAGACGUGGAUGUCUACACAUUUGGAACACCUAUCAACACUGCAAUGUUGUUCAUUAUAUUUUUGCACUUAAUAAUAGAAGGCAAGACUUGGACUUGGAUCCAUUGGUCUGUAAUGAUCGGCAGUGUUGUACUGUAUUUUACGUUUGCGCUGAUCUACGGAGGAACUUGUGUGAAUUGUAAUCCUCCGUCAAAUCCAUACUUUACCAUGGAAUAUGAACUGACACGACCACUCUUCUACCUGGUCUGCCUGCUGGCUACAUUCGUAGCUUUGCUUCCCAGGUACUUCUUUCGGGUUUUCCAGGGAACAGUAUUCCCAUCUCCUCUGCUCAAGGCUCGACAGCUGGACAGGUUGAGAAAUAACGAACGUGUGGAGCCGUUCCCGGAUGGCAGGUUAUCCAGGGCAACAGUGCAGCACUCAUUGUAGGGAACCUGAGCAUCACCAGCUCUGCGGACAACGUCAUCCUUUCAAGAAGAAAGUUGCUCGUUGCCGAUCUCUUUACCUGAAGUCUCGGGAACCACAUUAUUUAAUAGCUGCGCCAACAUUGUGAAUCCACUGAAUGAAAUACCAAAA